GGCGGGGCUGACGGAGUGACGGCUACGAACACAGUCUCGGGGCUCAUGGGUCUCAACGCCUCGGGGUCUCCGUGGCCAGCCGUGGGCAAAGAAAAGCGAACCACUUACGGAGGGGUUUCGGGGAAUGCCAUCAGACCGAUUGCCCUCAGGGCAGUUUCCGCCAUUGCCAGGGCGAUGCCAGGCUACCCCAUCUUGGCCACGGGAGGCAUCGACUCUGCUGACUCUGGGCUCCAGUUUCUGCAGGCUGGGGCCUCAGUCCUCCAAGUUUGCAGCGCAGUGCAAAACCAGGAUUUCACUGUUGUCGAGGAUUACAUCAUUGGACUGAAAGCGCUGUUGUACCUGGAAUCCAUCCAAGGACUGUUGCCCAGGUGGAUUGGACAAUCUCCUCCAACCAGGCCUCACCAGCUGGGCAAACCUGUGCUGAAAUUGACUACUUCUACGGUACUACCGAACUUCGGACCUUUCAAGCAUGAAAGGGAAGACGCAGUGGUGAAAAUCAAGUUGACUGACGACUUACUGGGUGGCGAUAAACGCGACGCUUCCGUCAGACCCGGAAACUUGCCCUUGGUUCCAGUGCCAACAGUUCAGGACGUGAUUGGAAGAAGUUUGGGAAAUAUCGGGUCAUACAGUGACCUGGAUAACAAGCAGCAGGUUGUCGCUGUCAUCAAUGAUGACAUGUGCAUCAACUGUGGGAAGUGUUACAUGACUUGCAACGACUCCGGAUAUCAGGCCAUUUCAUUUGGCAAAAAGACGCACAUUCCCUUUGUCAACGAGGCGGAUUGCACUGGUUGCACCUUGUGCUUGUCAGUCUGUCCCAUCAUUGAUUGCAUUUCAAUGGUUCCGAGAACAACUCCGUUGGUCGUCAAGCGUGGCACACCCUUUGCUGGCAAUGAAAACUCUGCUCCUUCUCUCGGAACUCGUGAUUCCGCCAAGUGCCAAUAAUUUCCCGCGAAAAAAUAAAAAUAAAGAGAAAUCUGAGGAGUGAGGACUAACGAAUUUUGAGAGAUUUUCGUGA